GAAACCGGGUUGCAGUAUAAGAAAUUUGUGGCCUAUCCUUGGAUCCUGACGGUUACUUGGCCAGUGGACACAGACAAUGAAGACUACCCGUUGAUCAGAACAGGACCCUAUUGGAAGAAGUUCAAGGCCAAUUUCUGUGAAUUUGUUGCAGUGCUUGUCCAACAGUGCCAGUGCAGCAUCCUGUAUGAUAGCUACUUGAUGGACACUAUCAUCUCGCUGCUUACAGGCUUAGCGGACUCCAUGGUCAGAGCAUUUAGACACACAAGCACUUUGGCAGCAAUGAAACUUCUCACAGCAGUUAUAAGCGUACAUCUGAACCUUGAUGUCAACAAGCACAACGUUCAAAGAUUAUACGAGGUGGAGAAGAAGAGGAUAAGUGGCAAGAGGACCAAUUACAGGCUUGACCAACUAGAGAGAAAAAGGAAAGAGUAUGAGCAUAAGCUUCUAGAGAUACAGAACAUGAUGAGUGCUAUUUUCAAAGGGACGUUUCUAAACCGUUAUCGUGAUGUGAUCCCCGAGAUCCGAGCAACUUGCAUGGAAGAAAUUGGCAGCUGGAUGAAAACAUACCCAGAUGCUUUUUUAAAUGAUAGCUACUUAAAGUACAUUGGCUGGAUGCUGUAUGAUAAGCAAGCUGAAGUGCGGCUGAAGUGUCUUCUGGGACUACAAGGAAUUUAUAGCAGAAAAGAACUUGUUUCCAGGAUGGAUCUCUUUACUAGCAGAUUCAAGGAUCGAAUUGUGUCCAUGCCUCUGGACAAGGACCAUGAAGUAGCAGUUCAAGCCAUGAAACUCUUGAUGCUUAUGUCACAGAACUGCGAGGAUGUAUUAUCAGCUGAAGACUGUGAAAUGCUAUACCAGUUUGUUUAUACCACACACCGUCCGCUUGCAGUAGCAGCUGGGGAAUUCCUUUAUAAAAGGCUGCUUAGUCAUGAGGGAGAUGAAGAAGUUCAGCCCAAAGGAGGAGGGAAGUUUGAGGCGAGUACUGACCAGUUGAAAAGAUUAAUACGUUUUUUCCUGGAGAGUGAGCUACACAAACAUGUUGCAUACCUCAUAGACAGCUUGUGGGACUGGGCAGGCAAAUUUCUGAAGGACUGGGAGUGCAUGACCACUCUUCUAUUAAAAAAUGGUGAAGAAGAUGGAGAAGCCCUGAGUGAUGCCCAUGAAAGUGCUCUCAUUGAAAUUAUCCUCGCAACGGUUAGAGAAGCGGCUGAAGGUCAUCCUCCAGUGAGCAGAGGUGCAGCCAAAAAAAUUCUGUCAGUAAAAGAGAAGAAAAUACAAUUGGAAGAUUGUACCAAAAUUACUGAACACUUUCUUAUGGUGCUUCCUCAGCUCUUGGCAAAGUAUUCAACAGAUGCACAAAAAGUGGCAAAUCUUCUGCAGAUUCCUCAGUAUUAUGAUUUAGAUGUUUACAGUACGGGACAUCUAGAGAAGCAUUUGGAUGCUUUGCUGAGAGAGGUAAAAGACAUUGUGGCCAAACACUCUGAUAUGUCUGUUCUUGAGGCUUCCUCCAGGACUUAUUAUAUCUUCUGCAGUGAAGAAAGUGCCAUCUACAGCCAGGUGGAUCGUGCCCGAACUCAACUGAUAGAUGAGUUGAUGGAACAGCUUAACCAGCUACUAGAUGGCUUCUGGGAAAAGGAAGAAGGAUUUUGUACGGAUGCAGGAGGAAUUUCCCGGAUGCAUUCUGCUCUGAGAAGAGUAGCAGCUUUUCAUAAUGCCCAUGAUCUCUCCAAGUGGAAUCUGUAUGACAAGACUUUAAGGUUGCUGGUGUUUGAAAUGGAACAUGGGAGUUUGCCUGUUCUGAUGAUCCUGCCAGCUCUCCAGUGCACGUAUUUUUCUCUCCUGUGGCAGCUAGCUGCAGUUUCGGAAAAUUCUCCCAAGACUCUUUUUGCACUAAGAAGAGAGCUGAGACGUUACAGUCAGAUUUGCAUGUGCUUCCUCCACCAUAAUGAAAAAGAUAUAAGAGAAAAGGCCUUCAUGAUACUUUGUGACUGGUUGCUGAUUUUGAGUCAUCAGGAUUCAAAUAAUAAUGAAGAAGCAGCUGGACUUCUAGAUUAUCUUCCUAGCACAUCACUUCAGGAAAAACUGCUUUUGUUCAUCCAGGAACAUGUUUUCAUGGAGGAGGGAGAGGGAAGCAAAGACCUGACAGAAGAGGAGGAGAGAAAGGAUGAAAGUUGCAAACUUGACGACUUGCACAAAAAGCGGAGUCUUCUUGCAGCAUAUUGCAAGUUAAUAGUGUAUAAUGUGGUAGAGAUGACUGCGGCUGCUGAGAUCUAUAAGUAUUAUGUGAAGAGCUACAAUGAUUUUGGAGACAUAAUUAAAGAAACGUUAAGCAAGACGAGGCACAAUAACAAAAUUCAGAGUGCCAAGACACUGAUUCUUUGUCUGCAGCAGCUGUUUCGGACACAUGCAGAAAGCCAAGACAGCAGUAGCGGUGUGGACUUCUCCUCUGCUUCCUUCACAAAUAUGAAAGAACUUGCUCGUCGCUUUUCACUGACGUUUGGCUGGGACCAAGUGAAAUCUAGAGAAUCUGUAGCUAUGAUACACAAGGAAGGGAUUGAAUUUGCUUUUCAGGGAGCUACUGGAGUAGAUGGAAAAUGCCUGCCUCCUAACUUGAGCUUUCUGUCAAUCAUCAGUGAAUUUUCCAACAAGCUGCUAAAGCCUGACAAAAGACUAGUGUAUGCUUAUUUACAGAGGUAUAUAGCAGAACCACUGCCUUGCAGAGGAGAUGAAUGGCAGCCGUUGAUUUGGUACAGAAAUUCUUUACUGGCAAAUGAAGAUGAGGAGAGCUCUGUCCUCGGCAGUUCAGGAGAGUGGUCCCCCGUGGGCACGUCUAAGACGUCUUCUUUUAAAAGGAAAUUGUCUAAUGGGUCUUUGCCUGAAACCAGCCAGACUGAAGCAGGAAGCAAAGCUCCAGACCUGCAGCGUGCUUCCCAGCUUGCCUCUGCAGCAGGGAAAAGCAGAAAGAGGCUAAAAUCUCGAGAGACGCACUUGCAGGAACAUUUGCCAUUCCUUUGUCCAGGAGGGCUCCGGAGAAGAUACUGCAAAGAUGAGAUUAAGACAGAAGAUGUCUCAGAGGAGGGUCAAGCAGAAGACACAAUGGAAGAUGUUGAUGUCGAUGUGGUUGGUGCCGACCAGUCAAGGCUGGUGGGGAGAUUUGUUGUCCCCAAACCAGCUGGGGAUUUGAAGGGAGGCGUGUAA